GUUCAGUACCAUCCCAGCUCAAAACAUCGUUGCCGGCCGAACCGAACGAACCUGUGCUGAAUCGCGGUCACUGUCCCCAAAUCUUCCCAAAAAUCGUUCCAAAUCAACCACAAUGAACCGCUUCCGCGCGUCCUUUCCGGUGGUGAACCGGGAGCUGCUAAACUGGUUCCCGGGCCACAUGGGCAAGGGCAUAAAGCAGAUGCAGCAGAAGCUCAAACAGGUUGACUGCGUGAUCGAGGUGCACGACGCCCGGAUACCGCUGUCGGGGCGCAACUCCGAGUUCCGGUACACAAUCAGUGGCGUCAAGCCGCACGUGCUGGUGCUGAACAAAAAGGACACGAUCGAGCGGCGGUCACAGCGGGCGAUUUUGGACCGGUUGCGGGGGGAAGAUUCGGAGGCGCGGCACGUUCUGUUCACGAACUGUAAGGAUCAAAGCUGUGACGGGAUUCGGAAGGUGAUGCCGCUGGCUCAGGAUUUGAUACUGGGGUCGAAUCGGUUUAACCGGACUGAUCAGAAGGAGUACUGCAUCAUGAUCAUUGGCGUGCCGAAUGUUGGGAAGUCGUCGCUGAUUAAUGUGCUCCGGAAUCGUCACCUGAAUCGGAAGGGCGCGUCACAGGUUGGCGCCGUGGCUGGUAUUACGCGCAGUGUGCUGCACAAGAUCAAGAUCUGCGAAGAUCCGCUGGUUUAUCUGUUGGACACGCCGGGCAUUUUGAAGCCGAACAUCGCGGAUACCGAGACGGGACUUCGGUUGGCGUUGGUGUCCUGCCUGCAGGACCACCUGGUCGGGGAGGAACUGAUUGCGGAUUAUCUGCUGUAUUUGCUGAACAAGCGGAACAACUUCCGGUACGUUGAGAUGAUGGGACUGCAGGAACCAACGGACUCGAUAGCGGAAGUGCUGGUUUCGGGCGCGCAACAUCUCAAUCGAACGCUCAAGGUGCGAAACUUUGACGGCAGUAUCGUGGUCCGACCGGACGUGACGCUGGCCGCGAGGCACAUGAUCAAGUCCUUCCGGACGGGGGCUUUCGGCAAGAUCUUAAUCGAUAGCGACAAAAUAGAGUGAUCGUGUUGGUGUAAUUCUA